AUGUANGUGGUUAUAACCGGAGACAGGAUCUUGGAGGUGGACGGAGUGUGUGUGAGGUCAGCGCAGCACGAGAGAGCAGUUCAGCUGAUCAAAGCGGCCGGGGAUAAGGUCACGCUGACUGUGCAAAGUCUUAUAGCUUGGAAUACAGACUCGUCAGACGUAGACGCGUCUCCGCCCGCGGCUUCGCCCGCGAGGUCCGUUAAGAAGUCGCCGUGUCCUACGCCCGUGGCUGAGAAAACCCCUAGACAUGAAAUUAAGAUAACAGUGUCAGAACCAGACCUUGAAAACGAAAAAGAGAUAGACUCUAUCACAGAGAAGGAGUCAGAAAGAGAAACAACAUCAGAAGAACAGCCAGAACCGAAGCCGGUGUACUCGGACUCGGAGAGCAGCGAUGAGGAGGAUGAAAGAGAGUUGCAAGGCAGGACUUACUCUGACAAAGGAGUUGAGAUCGACCGGGCCUCAGCAGGCGCCAUCAAGCGCAGCAAAGAAGAAAAGGAAGCAGACCCAGAGCAAGAAGACGACUUCGGAUACACUACAAGUGAGUGGAAAGAUACAUUAUUCACGCUGAUCAACUUCUCGUUUUACCUUGUCCAUGUUUAUUUCUACGCGUGCCUUAUUGAACAUAACAGGUGA